UUAAGUUGGGGGGUGGGGAAGAGAAAGGCAGGCAGGAAGGAAGACUAAAAGUAGUCAGAUAUUGAUUUUGCAUCAUGCAAGUCAGGCUUUGUACAGCAGUUUACAUGCUCAUUUUGCUGAAACUCCAGUAAUUCUGUUUGUGCUUGUUUCUGCAGAACUUGGACUAAAAGAAUUUGGUACAAAACAACAAACCCACCCGAGCUGGAUAUAAACAGGAAGUUUCUAUGAAGGAGUAUGCUGUGAACUGCCUGCUGUCUGAUAUGGAUAAAAGGUUGCAGAGACCAAAAUGCCUGAAACUAGGGAACAAAACACUGGAAAAAGACUGCAGAGAGAAAGAAGAGAUGCAGAAUGUGUGUGCUACAAAUGGGGGACAGAGCAGUGCUGUGCUGAGCACAGACGGAGACUGGCGUUGUUCUGCCAGGAGGAUGAGACGUUUAUUUGUGUCCUGUGUGUUCCCAGGCAUUCAUGUCACAGUUUUGUGUUCCCGCAUGAGGCAGUCAGUGUGUAUAAGGACAAAGUUAAAAGAGCCUUGUCAUCCAUCAGAUCCAAAGUUGGUGCUUUAAAAAAUAUACGAAACAAGAGUGAGAAGGAACUCAAAGUCAUGCAUGAAAAUGCUUACAGUUUGCAACAAUACAUUAAUCAAGAGUUUGCAAAACUGCAUCAAUUUCUCCAUGAAAAGGAACAGAAACUCAUUGAGCAAGUUAAGACAGAAGAAGAAAAAGCUCAGAAUGAAAUAGAAAAAAACCUUGACUGCAUCAAAAGUGAUGUUAUAUCCACCAACUUUACAGUGGUUGAUGCCAACUUGGAGCUCAAUAAAUUAGUCAUAGAGACUCAAGAUGAAAAGGAAGAAAACAAUUUAUACAUUAAAAAUGAUGUCAUGGCCUUUCAGGAAACAGUACCGCAUAACUCAGAAGUUGAAAAAGUACCAGUAUUGUUUGAGGAUGUAGCUAUUUCUUUCUCAGAAGAGGAGUGGAAGAUGUUAAGAAAACAAGACAAGGAGCUUCACAGGGAAGUGAUGGCACAGAACUAUGAAACCUUAAUUUCUAUCGGAUCUGAAGUCCCAUCAGAGAAAUUAUUAUUGCUCCUUAAAGAAGGUUAUGGUGAACUGCCACAGGAUGAUGAUGUCAGAAAAAAUGCUACAGAAAAGAAUGAUGACCCUGAGCACAAGCUGAAGAGUAAGUGA